GGCAGCGUCGGCCGGCGGAGGUCUGGAGAAGGCGGACGGAGGAGGCUCGGGGGCUCUUCUGUGUGGCAGCUCAGAAUGAUGGAUCAAGCCAGAUCAGCAUUCUCUAACUUGUUUGGUGGAGAACCAUUGUCAUAUACCCGGUUUAGUCUCGCGCGGCAAGUAGAUGGUGAUAACAGUCAUGUGGAGAUGAAACUGGCUGCAGACGAAGAAGAUGUUGACAAUAACACAAGGGGUAAUUGUGCCCAUGUUGCAAAACCAAAAAGAUUUAAUGGACUUAUCUGCUAUGGGACUAUUGCUGUAAUCAUCUUUUUCUUGAUAGGAUUUAUGAUUGGCUACUUGGGCUAUUGUAAACGUGUAGAACCAAAAGCUGAAUGUGAGACAGCAGAGUCUCCGGAGAUAGAUGAAACAGAAGAGUACUUCCCUGAAGGACCUUCCCGCUUAUUUUGGACAGACCUGAAAACAAUGUUUUCAGAUAAACUGAAUACUGCAGAGUUCACCAAAAGAAUCAGUGACCAUUUUUCCUCCAGGCAGCUGAAUGAAAAUUCUUAUGUCCCUCGUGAGGCUGGAUCUCGAGGGGAUGAAAGCCUUGCUUUUUAUCUUGAAGAUCAAUUCCGUAAACUUAAACUUAGCAAAGUUUGGCAUGAUGAACAUUUUGUUAAGAUUCAGGUCAAAGGCAGUGCUCCAAACUCAGUGACCAUGGUGGAUUCAGCCACUGGUGGGGUAUACCUGGUGGAGAACCCUCAGGGUUACGUGGCAUAUAGUAAGGCAACGACAGUUACUGGUAAACUGGUCCAUGCUAAUUUUGGCACUAAACAAGACUUUGAGGGGUUGAACAAUCCUGUGAAUGGCUCUUUAGUGAUUGUUAGAGCAGGGAAAAUCACUUUUGCUGAAAAGGUGGCAAAUGCUCAAAGUUUAAAUGCAAUUGGUGUUUUGAUCUACAUGGAUAAUACUAAAUUUCCCAUUGUUGAUGCAAAUGUUCCAGCCUUUGGACACGCUCAUCUGGGAACAGGUGACCCUUAUACGCCGGGAUUCCCUUCUUUCAAUCACACUCAGUUUCCACCAUCUCAGUCAUCAGGAUUGCCUAAUAUACCUGUCCAAACAAUUUCCAGAGCUGGUGCAGAGCAACUGUUUGGAAAUAUGGAAGGAGACUGUCCUUCUUAUUGGAAAACAGAUACUUCAUGUAGGCUAGUAACCUCACAGAAUAGGUCUGUGAGACUCUCUGUGAACAAUAUGCUGAAAGAAAUAAGAAUUUUAAAUGUCUUUGGUGUUAUUAAAGGCUUUGAAGAACCAGAUCGCUAUGUUGUAGUAGGGGCCCAGAGGGAUGCCUGGGGUCCUGGAGCUGCAAAAUCCAGUGUGGGAACAGCUCUUCUGUUGGAACUUGCCCAGAUAUUCUCUAACAUGGUCUUAAAAGACGGGUUUAAACCCAGCAGAAGCAUUGUCUUUGCCAGCUGGAGUGCUGGAGACUUCGGAGCUAUUGGUGCCACUGAAUGGCUAGAGGGAUACCUUUCUUCCUUGUAUUUAAAGGCUUUCACUUACAUUAAUCUGGAUAAAGUUGUUCUUGGUACCAGCAACUUCAAGGUUUCUGCCAGCCCAUUGUUGUAUUCACUUAUUGAGAAAACAAUGAAAGACGUGAAACAUCCCAUUACUGGGCUUUCUCUAUAUCGGGAUAGCAACUGGAUCAACAAAGUUGAGAAACUUUCUUUUGAUAAUGCUGCUUUCCCUUUCCUUGCGUAUUCUGGAAUCCCAGCAGUUUCUUUCUCUUUUUGUGAGGACAGAGACUAUCCGUAUUUAGGUACUACCCAGGAUACCUAUAAUGCCCUGAUUCGGGAAGUCCCUGAGUUGGACAAAAUGGCACGGGCAGCGGCAGAAGUGGCUGGUCAGCUCAUGAUUAAACUUACCCAUGAUGUUGAAUUGAACCUGAACUAUGAUAUGUAUAAUGAAAAAAUACUUGCAUUUGUGAGGGAUGUGAACCAAUUCAGAACAGACAUAAAGGAGAUGGGUCUGAACCUACAGUGGCUAUAUUCUGCUCGUGGAGACUUUUUUCGUGCAACCUCCAGUCUAACAACAGAUUAUAAGAAUGCAGAGAGAACAGACAGAUUUGUCAUGAGGGAAAUCAAUGACCGUAUCAUGAAAGUGGAAUAUCACUUCCUCUCGCCCUAUGUAUCUCCAAGAGAUUCUCCUUUCCGACACAUCUUCUGGGGCUCUGGCUCCCACACUGUGUCAGCUUUACUAGAGCACUUAAAGCUGCGUCGAAAAAAUAACGGUGCUUUCAAUGAAACGCUGUUGAGAAACCAGCUGGCUUUAGCAACUUGGACUAUUCAGGGAGCUGCAAAUGCUCUCUCUGGUGACAUUUGGGACAUUGACAAUGAGUUUUAAAUGUAAUACCCAUAACUUAGGGGAGUUAUAACUUGUCCUGGUUGUGCUAAAUUUUCAGUAGGGCUACAAAACCUAAUAUUGUUGAAGUUCUACCCAUCAUCUUGGUACUACUAGAUGUCUUUAGGCAGCAGCUUUUAAAACAGGGUGGGUACCUGCAUUUCAAGUUAAAGUGAAUAACCACUGAAAAAUGUUCAUGGUAGGACAUUUUCUCUAGAAUUUUAAGUGCUUUGGAAUGGUAACUGCCUCUUUUCUGUUAGUUAUGGGGGGGAAAAAAGUCAAAACCAAUUAAGUGAAUUAUUUCUAAAUCUUGAGGACAUGAACUGGUAUCUUAAGUGGGAGGGGGAAAGUGAUGUCUGCUGAAGGUUAAAAGUGGUAGCUUAGUGUGAUCCUCCAUCUUCAUUUGAUGCUAAGAUAGCAGAUACCAGGUUGUAAGACCUUAUCCUCCAAACGAGAUAUAUGCCUUCUUUAAGUAUUUAGCUGGUUUCCACAUCCCUGAACGAAACAGUUAACUUUCAGAAGAGAUGGGACUUGUUUUCUUACCAUCCAGGUCUGAAAUAGAGGUCCUUUAGCUGGAUAAAAUAGGGUUCAACUGUUUAUCGCAGGAGCAAGGCCUUAAUUUGUUAACCUCAAGAUCAUUUAUGAAGAGAGGAGACCAGAAGCCAAAGACCUAGUAUAUUUUCUUUCCCUCUGUCCCCUCCCCCAUAAGCCUUUGUGUAGUAUUUUGUUGGUUUUUUUCCCCAAGACAUUUUGAAAGAGAACCAGUUUUAGGUGUUUAGUUUUCAAACUCAGUUUGUCAGACUUUAGAGAAUACACUGCCAAAUUUUGGUCCAGGUGUUAAUUUUUUGGAAAAGUUUUCUAUCAUUUUGGCUCUGAGAU